AUGACGGAGUAUACUUCAUUUCUACUAAUUAUCCUAGGAUUUUACCUGAUAACAGCCACACCAGACGAAUGCUUCGAACAAAAUAAUGGAGCUAGGAAACUGUCAGCCCGAAAACUGGAUUGGUUACGUCUUGUAGGUGGUCUAUACCAUCUAUCAACCAUCAUAACUUCACGAGUUGGGUGUCUGCAAGCGUGUACUUUGGAGCCCUUAUGUAAGGGGUUCAAUUAUGCCAGAUCUUCUAAAACCUGUGAAUUGAAAUCGAUAGGAGAACCAUCAUCAUCGGAGCUGAUAGCCAUGGAUGAUUUUGUGUUCUAUAGCGUUUCUUGUGUGGCUGAGGCCAUCCCGUCUACGGUCAGUCCAACUACAGAUAGCAUCACAACAGAUGGUCUUACUACAGAUAGCAUCACAACGGAAGGUCUUACUACAGAUAGCAUCACAACAGAUGGUCUUACUACAGAUAGCAUCACAACGGAAGGUUUAACUUCAGCGCUCUGCCCAACUACAGUUGGUGAGAUAGCGACCACAAUAUCUUUGUUGCCACCACCCGCUCAAGCAGCUCCGAAUAUGCAACCUACAGUCAUCUUGUUUUAUGUCCCAAUGGAACAAGGUAUGGACGUUUUCAUACGAGGUGGCAGGACUCAGAUAUACACAGAUUGUUCAACCUCAUCGUGUUCAUCCAAUUGUGCUACUGAUGACCCUUGCUCUAUUUCUAUCACACACAUAUCACCUGGUACGGGAAGUCAAUGGGACAACUACAAUGCCUGGAGAGACCAGGACAAUUACUUGGAUCAUUUCGGCCGCGAAGACAGUCAGGGAUUCUUCGGAUCUGAACCGUCAGAGGGGACACCUCUAGCUCUCACGUCCAACGAUUACACCGAUAUCUAUUAUAACUUUAAUAAUCAGUGGGGACCCGAUUAUUGGAUGUUCGAUGGAACUAUGGAUUGUUCCCAAUCUGAGAACGGUUGGAUAUACUUCAAAGGAGUGAAAGCCAUCGGCCCUGCCCCUCAUACAGCUCACUUGGAAGUUACGGGGACCCCAGACAGUUCGUGCACUGGCAGUGUCGGGGGAACAAUACCCUCGACUGCCAUUGAUGGCCAUUAUAUUCGAUGUGGGUACCUCAAUAAGGUAGCAUGGGGAUCGCCAAAUUGUGAAGUUAACUUCGCUGACUGAUUGUGAACUAUUAUGAUUAUCACUGGAUGAUUUCAACCAAUAGCUUUUUAGUACACAAGGUUCCUGUAUGCAGUCUAAAUCGAUGUCGGUAGACCGAGAAUCAAGGCUGAGAUACAAGAAAAUUCCUUUAAUCGUCGUCCUUGAAUCAUUACAAUAUUUCAUCCCGUCUCUUGAAAUAAUAUCUAUAAUGGCGACAAAUGAUCGAGCUUAAAGCUACGUUCACACCAACGGCGCGUUGAUGGCGCUUUAAAGCGGCGUGCAAAGCCGUUUGGCGCUCUUGCCGAACACCCCAC